UGCGCUCGUCCCUGCGGUUGUUUCAAACAUGGAGGAAAGUGAACGGAAAGCUGCAGACAGUGACAGCAAAGACAGUGCGUCAGCUGGCGGUUCGAGUGCCCCGUCGGAACCGGCGCAUGGUCUGACUACAGACAGUCCCGACGACGAAGCAGCUAAAAUAAAUGUCUGUUCCGACAAGUUUGACCCACUCGUGGCCUUAUACUCACCGUCCGUGCAGCUGCCUUUUCCAAACAUCAAGUGCUUCAACAAUGUGGCCGAGUACGAGAGCUUCAUGAAGGGCGGCAGAGGCAGGGCCAAGCCGGAGAAUGUGGAGAAACGGCGGCAGAAGGCGAUGAAAGGCGUGGCGGACCCGGAGCGGAUCGAGAGGCUGAAGAAGCUGAUGGUGAACAACCCGGUGCCGGAGUCAGAGGAGGGGGAGAGCAGCGGCCCUCCGCGGCGGAGGAAGCAGAGGACGGUGAAAAAUGUCCUGACAAGGAUGCCCCUGUGCAAAGGCAGUCCUCUGGGUGAGCUGUACCGAUGUGUUGAGGAGAGGAUAAGGGUCAAAGUUCACAUCAGGACCUUCAAGGGGCUGAGGGGGGUGUGCUCCGGCUUUGUCGUCGCCUUCGACAAGUUCUGGAACAUGGCCAUGGUGGAUGUGGAUGAGACAUACAGAGAGCCUCUACUUGGGGAAGCGCUCUACCAUCAGAAAGCCCUCACCAUCUCAAGGCUGUUUGAGAAGCUGAAGCUACAGGAGAGCCAAGGCGGUGAUGAGGCAGCAAAAAGGGAGGACGCUCAGGGAAAAACCAGCGGAGACCAGCCUAAAGACCCCCAGAAAACUCAGAGAAGUCAGUCUUCACACACUACUAGCAAAGGAGAUGGCAGCGGGACGGAUUCUAAAGAGUCCUGUCAGAUUAAAGACCCCCAGAUGUACGGCAAGGUGCACACUCGCCACAUCAACCAGAUUUUUAUCCGGGGUGAGAAUGUGAUCCUGGUCUGCCCACAGCCACUCUGAGUCUUCUUCUGUUACUUAUUUUUCCUGAAUCAGAUGUCUUAUUUUCAAGGAUCCUGCUGAUCCUUAACAUGUAAGUGUGUAACGCUGAACAUCUGUACUAACAGAUGCGGAACAGUGUUGAGUGGAAAGAUCUGGAUUAUGUUAUAGGAUUCUUGAGAAUCAAACGAGGACUACUGAUGUAUCAUAUUGAUAUGAAAGUUUCUCUGUCAGCUAGAGAAAUUAUCCUGAUAUUGAGGAAUAAAAGCUACUCUGUACUAAUUUUA